CUUAUACGUACCGUCUCCGUUUCUGUACGCUGUCGUUAAUGAUCUAUUCCUCGGCAUCACCAGGUUGAGCUCUGCCGAGGCGGCCGCCGCGGGCCACGAGACCAGCCUGAGUAUAGAGAUGGGUCCCGUGACGUACGUGCACACCAAGCGAUUCGUACAGGAGCUGCAGGCCUUCGCCCGGGACUUCAGUCUGCUACGGAAAGUCAUAAUGCAAGCAAGACUUAAAGUUUCAGUAGUAUCCGGCGGGUCUGGCACGGACGGCGCCCGGCCAGCUCGCAUGAAGCUGAACGUGCGGUGCACGGCGCCCGUCAUCGUGCUGCCGGUGUCGGGGCGCGCGCGCAACGCCCUCGCGGCGCACCUGGACCAGCUCACCCUGGACAACAGCUUCAAGUACGCGGGCUCGGAGGGCGGCGGGGCGCUGCUGGACGUGCGCAGUGUGCGGCUGGCGGGCGUGGCGCUGUGGUGCGCGCGCGGCGGCCGCGGCCUGCGCGUGCGCCGCCGCGGCGCGCCGCUGCUGCGGGCGCCCGCCGACCUGCGUCUGCGCAUCGAGUACAACAUGGACGCCGGCCACGCCGUGCCGGACAUGACGGUGCAGGGCUCGCUGAGCACGCUGCAGCUGGCUCUGGACCCGGCGCAGUACCGGCUGGUGCGCGGUGUGCUGGCGCACAACCUGGCGGAGUGCGUGGACGACCUGCUCCCGCGGGACCUGCCGCACCACCAGCCCGAGCCGCAGCACCAGGACGUGUGGACGACCAGCUCCUUGAAACUGGACCUACAUGACGUGACGGUGAAACUAGAGCCGGAGCACGGAGUAUCGUCCCUGGCUUGCAUCAACUUCAUCAAGUCCAGACUCGUGGUAGAAACGUACUCGGACCUCAGCCAGGACAUAGACCUCGUUUCACAGGAGAUCCUAGUGAGCGACACUCGCUUCGCCAAGGAGCCCGCCAACCGGCGCGGCAACGUGUUCAGCCACAUCGUGCAGCCCAUGGCGGAGCAGCGCCACAGCGUGCAGGCCGAGGUGCACGCCAGAAAGCGGCGUGACUCCUCCGCCUACACGAUCCUGGUGAACAAUAUGCGCCUGAUGGCGGUGCUGGACUGGUGGGAGUGCGCCAACCAGUUCAUCAUGCAGCCCCCGCCGCCACCCGCUGACCCAGACCAGGCUCAUCUUGAGGAGGCACUCUGCGCUAUGCGCAAUGCUGCCAGCCCGCACCCUGCAAAGGCGCAAGAGGAGCCCCUCAUGGAGUUGAAGCUUAACGUGACGGAUUCUCAACUGGUGCUGGUGGAAGACCCCUCCGUUUGGGACACUAACGCCGUCAUACUUAGGAGUACGACAGUGAUUACGUACCGGUGCGCGGACGCCCAGAAGCCGGUGUCGUGCGAGCUCAACGAGCUGGAGGUGUUCUCGUGCGUGCUGGGGCUGGAGGAGGAGACCGCGCUCUCCAUCGUCGACCCUGCCGCCGUGCACGUCGCCAUCGACGCCCAGCGCGUGCUCCAUGUCGCGAUGAGCACGCUGAACCUGCGGCUGUCGUACCACGACAUGCGGAUGUUCGCGGCCAUGCUGCAGUCUCUGCCGGUGCAGGCCAGGGCGGCGCUGGCGGGUAAAUUGUUGGUAUCGGAGGAAGAUGCAGACGAGCCAGCCAACAUCGUGCACAUGCGGGCCGGCAGCGGCGCGGGGGCCGCGGGGGCGGGGGCGGCGGGGCGCGGGGGCUGGAUGUGCCGGCCGCGCUGGCUGCGCGCGCAGCCCCCGCAGGCGCCGCCGCCGCAGCCCAAGCCCUCCACCUCCAUCUGGCCGCUCAAAGCUGUGCAGGUGGCGGCGGACUGCAUCACGCUGUGCGUCAUCGACGACUGCCUGGACUCCGACGUGCCGCUGCUCGAGGUCUCGCUCAGCGACCUGCACGUGGACCAGGACUUGCGUAAAAUAGAGGAGUCGUUUGAGGACCCCAUGUUGGUGUCGACCCCCGCGGGCCCGGGCGGCGCGAUCGUAGCGCGGGGCUCGGGCGCGGGCGGGGGCCGCCUGGCGGCGCUGCUCACCGUGGACUACUACAAUCGCACGCUCUCCGGCUGGGAACCUGUCGUCGAGCCCUGGAGAUUCGAGACAUCGUGGGAGUAUACUCUGACGAGCGAGCUGUCACUGGGGCGGGUGCAGGUGGAGGUGGCGUCCACCGAGGUGCUGAACACCAACGUCACCUCAUCCCUCAUCGAGCUGGCCGAGCUGGUGCGCGCCAACUGGACCGCGGACUACUACGCGCCGCAGUCAUCCGCAACGCAGGAGCAGUCUCCCAAGGGCAGUCCGUCAGGUCACCGGCGGCGCUCGCCCUUCGUGCCCUACGCACUGCGGAACCACACCGGGCACCGACUCUUGUUCACCACGCUCGUCACCACGUCCGAUGAGUUGCGAGAGCAGACCAGUUGUUCGGAACCGGACGACUCGUGGAUGAUGGUGCGCGCCGGCGACACGGAGCCGUUCUCGUUCGGGCAGCGGCGCGGCCGGCGCCGGGGCCGGGCGCCCGGGGCCGCGCCCGGCCAGAACGCUGCGCUCAACCAGCUCGCGCUGCGCCUCGACGGCUGGUCGCCGCCCGACCCCGUCUGUGUCGACAGGGUCGGCGUAUUCUUCAGGAACCUUACAUACACAAAGUCCGGCGCCGAAGCUCGCAUAGUAUUCGAAGUGUCUCUGGAGGGGUCGGCUCGCAAGCUGGUGACGGUGCGGUCGGCUCUGCAGCUCGUCAACAAGCUGCCGCACCCCGUGGAGGUCAGGGUGGACCACGCGCCCUCGGCAGCUGCAUGGAGCGGCGGCAGCGUGCGCACGGCACAGGUAGGCGCGGGUGCGACGUGGGCGGCGCCUCUGUCGGCGCAGCCCGCGGCAUUGUGGACACGCCCACUGCUGCGUGCGCAGGCCGCGCCUCCCGCCCCCUCGCCAGCGCCCAUCGACUGGCGCAACGCCCCCGGUGACCGCGCCUUGCUGCACUACGAGUGUCGCGCCCCGCCCGACCAUGUCUACAGAUUCUGCUGCGUCAUAGUCCGCGAGCGGUUCCCCCCAGACAGAGGUACGCCCAUUGCUGGGCAUACGUUGACUUUAGUACCGGCGCUGAGACUGGAGAACCUGCUGCCGCUGGAGCUGCAGUACCGAGCGUGUCCCGCUGUGCCCGGGACGACCACUGUGAGCGCAUCCGGCAACAUCCCUCCAGGAGACACCAUGCCUUUCCACGAGGUGAAUGUAGAAGAAGGAGUUGAGUUGAGCGUGAAACUGGAGGGCUUCGGGUGGUCCACAGCGCUGAUUGUGUGCGGGGCGGGCGGGGCCAGCAGCAGCGCCGCCGUGGGCGGCAGCGGGGGCGGCUCCUUCAGUGCACGCCUCAAGCUGCGGGACUCCCGCGCCAGGAGGCUGUACCUCAACGCCAGGGUCACCGUCAAGAAAACCGACGGCAUCAAGGUGUCGAUAUCGGCGGCGUACUGGCUGGUGAACCACACGGGGCUGCCCCUGGUGUUCCGCGCGGAGGGGGGCGCCACGGAGGCGGCGGGCCAGUUCGACGAGCACGAGCUGGCGCGCAUGGUGCAACCGCUGCUGUUUUCCUUCGCGGAGGCCGACGGCGGGCCCACCAUCUCCGCCAGGAUCGGACGAGGCCUGCCCGGCACACCAGAGUGGUGCUCUCCGUUCGGAUUGGGCGUGGGCGUGGCAGUGAAGAAAUUGGAGGUGCGCGGCGAGGGCGAGGGCGGCGAGCGAGUGUUCGCGGUGGGCGUGCGCGUGCGCGCGGGGCGGGGCCGCUACCGGCACACCAACAUCGCCACGUUCACGCCGCGCUACCAGCUGCACAACAACACGUCGCACCACCUGCAGUUCGCGCAGAAGUGCUGCGCCACCACGCUGACGGACCCGGGCGCGAUGGCGACGCACGUGUCGGCGGUGGCGGGCUGCUCGCUGCCGUGGCACUGGGUGCGCUGGGAGCGGCCGCAGCUGCUGUGCGUGCGCGUGCUGGGGGCGGGGCCGGGGGCGGGGCCGCGCACGCACUGGUCCGGCGGCUUCCGCGUCGACGCCACGCGCGCGCUGCAUCUCGCCUGCAGGGAGCCGGGUGGUGGGUACCAGUUCGUGCGCGUGGAGGUGGUGUCCCAGGGCGCCACCAUGUUCGUGGUGCUGACCGACGCCGAGUGCGCGCCCCCCCCGCUGCGCAUCGACAACUACUCCCCCGUGUCCAUCAUGUUCCACCAGGUGGGGUGCAGCGAGGAGUGCGUGGUGGGCGCGCACGGUACUGCGCGCUGGGCGCUGGGCGAGCCGGAGGGGGCGCGCGCGCUGGCGCUGCGGGCGCCCGGCGGGCCGCGCACGCAGCUGCCGCUGGACGCGCUGCCGGCGCACCACCAGCUGCUCUACCAGAACUUCAUCUACGUCGCCUUCAGCGCCACGCACCCCUCCUACAGCGCCGGCGCGCGGCCCGCCCAGCACGCGGACGACGACGCCGUGCUGGUGCUGGAGGUGCCUCUGGGGAGCACGCGCGUCGUGCUGGCCAGGAAGCGGUACGGAGACAGAUCUCAGCUUUGGCGGCGCGGCCCCAACGAGCAGCUGAUACACGAGGGCAGCUCCCCGCCGCAGCCGACGGAUGUGUUGCUGUCGGACGACGCGCCGCUGUCGCCGCACGCCAUGGUGCUGGACAUCGAGGACGCGGCGCCGCGGCCGGGGCGCGCGUCGGCGCUGGUGCUGCGCCGCGCCGACCCGCGCCGCGCCUCCACGCAGGCCUGGCGCCUGCUGCCGCCCGGCCGCAUGGCCUGCGCACACGCCAACCUCUGCGUGCAGCCGGAAGGACUCUCACUCAUGGCGCUCACACCAGGUACUCGAGUAGUGCUAGGACUACCAGCCUCAGGGCGCGCCGGAUGGAGUCCGACAUCGCCAGUUCCAGCAGAGCAGGCUGUGUCGUGGCACACGCUGCGGCCUGGCUCCGGCCGGCUGGACGUCACGCUGUGCGCCGACGGGCCCACGCGGGUCGUCAAGAUACACGACCACAAGGAACCCGAGGCGGGCUGGUUGGAGGGCGGCGCGGACGCGGAGGAGGACACGACGGCCCGGCGGCGCGGCUGGGGGGAGUGGGGCGUACGCGUGUCGCUGGCGGGGCUGUCGGUGUCGCUGGUGUCGCGCGCGCCGCCGGCCGAGCUGGUGCACGCGCUGUUCGACGCCGUGCUGCUGGAGCUGGCGCUGCAGCCGCGCAGCCUCGCGCUGGCGCUGGCAGUCUCGCACAUGCAGUGGGACAACCAGUUGCUGGGCACGCCGAGCCCGGUGCUGCUGUACUGCCUGCCGGAGCGCGGCGGCAGUGCGGGCGGGGCGCUGCCCGCGCUGCACGCCGCCGUGGAGCUACAGCGCGCGCCUGCUAAGCGGUACAACGCGUACUUCUUUAAACAUCUCGUCGUAGCACUGCGACCACUUGCCAUACGAUUGGAAGAAAGACUGGUCCUGCAGCUGUGGGCGUGGGCGCGCCUCGAGCAGGACGAGAGCGCGCGGGAGCAGGCCGACGAAGCGGACUACGAGACACGUCGCGUGCUGUCCGACCUCACCGCGCUGCACACCACGCGCUUCUACUUCGCGCUCAUCAAGAUCAUCCCCAGCCAGAUCCGGCUGUCGAUGUGCACGGCCAACAAGCUGGAGGGGUCGCUGAGCGCGCUGAAGCGGCGGCUGGGCCUGACGUUCAUCAAGUUCGAGGACGCGGCCGUCGAGCUCGAGCCCUUCGUGCGCGCGCAUGUCUUCGACACCGCCUCCUACCUCGGCAGGCAGAUGCUGGCCCACUUCAAGGAUGAGUUAAAGUGGCAAGCAGCUAAAAUACUGGGCUCUGUGGAUUUCCUGGGAAAUCCUCUAGGCUUUGUGGCGGACGUGUCGGAAGGAGUCACCGGUCUACUCCUAGAGGGCAACGUAGGCGCAUUACUUAAAAACGUCACCCACGGAAUAUCCAACUCUGCUGCUAAAGUUACAGAGUCCCUGGGCGACGGGCUGGAGCGCGUGGUGAGCGACGAGGCGCACGAGGAGACCCGGCGCCGCAUCCGCUCCGCGGCCCCCUCGGGCCACCUCGCCGCCGGGUUCCGGGGGCUCGGCCUCGGCAUACUCGGUACUGCACGCCGCUACCUGCUCUAUUUAUAUCGCAUUGAACAUUGUUGUCACAAUAUUGUCCCGGUAAUGUAGGAGGCAUGACGUCGCUGGUGAAGCACAGCUACGAGGGGGCGACUCAGGAGGGGUUGGGCGGGUUCCUGGCGGGCGUGGGCAAGGGACUGGUGGGCACCGUCACCAAGCCGGUCAUCGGAGUGCUGGACCUCGCCGCCGAGACUGCGUCAGCGCUGCGCGAUACCAGCCGCAGGUCGGACAAGUGGGUCCCGGCGCGGGUGCGGGGCCCGCGCUGCGUGGCGGGCUGCGGGGGCCUGCUGCCGCGCUACUGCGAGGCGCAGGCGGCGGGCGCGGCGCUGCUGUACGCGCUGAACCACACGGACUACUCGGAGCGCUUCCUGGCCUACCGCGCCGUGCGCGACACGCCGCACGACAUCCGCGCGCUGCUGUCGGACUGCUACGUGCGCAUCAUCACGUGCAAGCACGCGGCGCCGCAGGUGGUGCUGGAGACGCACCUGGCCAACCUGGUGUCGUGCUGCGUGCUGGCCGCCGACGGCGCGCACUUCGUGGAGCUGGGCGUGCGCGGCGCGGCGGGGGACGCGCUGCGGCGGCCGCGCGUGCAGUGCGACAGCCGCGAGCUGGCCGCGUGGGUGGCGCGCCACGCCGCCUACGCGCGCCAGCUCUACCACGAGCACGUGCACACGCUGCUGCCCGCAGACCUCUAGCCCUCCUUUAUCCGCGCUCACUUCAUCGAUGACGACAAUCUUCACUAGGAAUACGAAUUCCUUCUACGUUUCGAUCAUAAAUAGACGUAGCUGGAGUCUCACUCUCCUUACGACUGAUCUGACUGAACACGAAACGACCUCCCAGGACGUUAAACUGCGAGCGUAUAAAUAUGAACAUGUUUUAUCGUAUAAAUGACAUCAAUAAGUAUUCAGAAGUAUUAUUGUAAAAGACACCGCGACCUAACUUGAUUAACGUUAGAAUUAUAUUAAUUUAUGAUACUCUUUUAUAACUAUGAAUCUUGUUGUGAUAUUAUGUCUACACUUACUCACACAUGUAUGCUUCAAACUGAACUACAUCAAACCUAGCGAUGAUUAAAUCUUGUGUACUUACUGCCCUCCGUGUCGAUGACAUCGGUGCAAAUAUUCAACUUCAACAUGUCCCAAGCAAUUAUACCUUUCAUAAUUAUUAAUUUACCUAAACAGUAUAUGCAAUCACUUCGCACCAUAUUUUGGAAGACAAUUUUUAAAAUUUUGUAUACGAUACUUAAAGUUUUAACUCAACUAUUGACGCACCGAAACGAUGCUGCUACUACAGUUCUCGAAGAAUAUGUACGGUGUCGCAGCAGUACCAGUGUUGUGAAUAUAGGUUACAAUUUGUGGAAAUAUUAUUUAGGAAGGCGAUGUCGACGUCAUUUGACGGCAUUCCCUUAUACAAUGUCCAACUGAUUAACUUCUCGUAGUGUGUAUUCAUUUCCUAAUCGAUAGUCUAGCAGCUACAUCACACCAAUAUAGUUCUAUUAAAUAUGUGUAUGGAAGCGGACACCUUGUGAUGAAUGAAAUUGAUGUAUUCUUGUAUAGUGCGAUGCGACUGAAACUCAAUUUCACUGAGAUGGAAUAAGCUAUGCUUGGCUCUUGUUGAUAUUUCUACGUGUGAUUGUAAUUCAUGUUAUGUCAUGGUAUCAAUUGCUAAGUAUGUGUGCCAUCUUCUUAAAACGAAUUAAUUCCAGACAUGAAUAAGGUUUAUUCCGCCUGAGUGAUGUUGGCACUAGUCGUGGUACUGGCUAUUUCGUGGCAAGCCAUAAAUUAACGUUGUUAUGUGAUUCUUGUAUGGCUUGUGACGAUACUUGGUUUAUUAGUAAAUAGUGUGAGGUAAUCAUUUUAACGUGUUUCUGCAGUGCGAGUGAUCUUGCAGUAGCUGGGUCGAUAUGCGGUUGCAGUAAAUAUAAUGAUUUCAAAAU